AUGUCUUCCAUAGAUGCACUGGACGAGGAGCAGAUAGCCAAUCGGAUGAAAUCAUCCACCAACCGGUUUCCUGUCAGUGAUGUAGGGAAGGUGGAUUCUCUUGGUGUAAAAUACCUACCAGGUCUGAGACAUGGUCUAGGCCAGCUGACGUUAAGUGACGGGACGUGUUACACUGGUCAGUUCGAGAACGGACUCUUCAACGGCUGUGGGAUGCUGGUCUUCCCUGAUGGAUCCAGGUACGAAGGAGACUUCAUUCAGGGGAAGUUUCAAGGCGCAGGCGUCUUCAGUCGUUUCGACGGGAUGAAGUUCGAGGGAGAGUUCAAGAGUGGAUGUGUGCAGGGAUACGGUAUGCUGACAUUCGCUGACGGAGGUCCGGAAAGAGGGGGAGGAGGAAGAGGAGGAGGAAGAGGAGGGACGAGCCACGAGGGUCUGUUUGAGAGAGGCCAGCUGGUGGGCAGAGAGGGGUGCCAGGGCACGGUGCAGCGGGCACAGGGGGCAGCCGCCAAGGCACGGGCGCUCUCCAUGUGACCUGCAGCUAGGGUGCGCUACUCAGGGAGCACUUCACUAUCAUACUCACACCCUUCUUUUUCGUCAUUCAUUUCAUUGUUCUCCGUCUUUACGGCUGUACUCCUCUGUACACAGUGUACAAAACAUUAAGAACACCUUUGCUCUCAGAACAGCCUCAGUUCGUCGGGGGCAUGGACUCUACAAGGUGUCGAAAGCGUUCCACAGGGAUGCUAGCCCAUGUUGACUCCAAAUGCUUCCCAUAGUUGUGUCAAGUUGACUGGAUGUCCUUCAGGUGGUGGACCAUUCUUGAUACACACAGGAAACUGCUGAGCGUGAAAACCCAGCAGCGAUGCAGUUCUUGACACAUGCAAACUGGUGCGUCUGGCAGACUCAGACUUUUGAUUGUCUCUAUUAAAAAGAGGAGGAUCCCAUCAGCUAUCUGUAGGCUAACUAUAUUUAUUUCUCAAAUCUCCUAAUAUUAAGCAUAUUGCUUCGCUUUACAACCGGAGUAGCCUACCUAGCUGGCAUGACAAUGAACCGCGGGAGAAGUGCCUUCCGUUCGCUAUUCAAGUGCAUAUGGCUGAGAGGUACAUGAUAAUGGCCCAUUCUAAACCAAAAUGAAUCUCACUCAAAUAUUAUUUAGCAUAUGUAAAGGCAAGAUUAAAUUGAGAAUAGUCUGAUGGGUGACAAUAUUAUCCCUUGUGAAUGAUGCCCAGUGUGUGCAAUCUAAGGCAAGAAACAGUGGGGGACUUUUAUUAGAUCGUAGUCGCAUGCAUUGUAUGGUCUAGCCCAUAGGCCUAUAUGUUUUGAUAAGGUUUGUAAUCACAACUAAAGUGGCCAAAUAACUCCAAAAGUAGCCUGGAAGCCCAAGACCCCUGGAACAUGGUUGUAGUGCCCAUAGCCUACAGAGCCUACUGAAACCUGUUCUUAUAAGCCAUCAUCGCGUGUGAAAACAGGUUUGACUGGACACUAUUGAAAAGAAGAUCCCAGCUUUGUCUUACUGCUAUGUUUAUUGCUUAAUUCUUCUAAUUAAGUUCAUUAAUCCGCUUUAUAAACAUUGUUCCCUACUUGGCAUUUUAAACACAAAAACCUCCAUUCGCUUUUCCAGUAAAGGCUACAGAUGACAUGUUUGUUUAUAAAAGAUAAUUCCACACAUAUAUUAAUAGGCCAUAUGUAAAGACCAGAUUCAAUUGAGAAUAGUCUGAUGGGUGAGAUAUUAUCCAGCGCUUGUCAAGUAGUGAAUGAGAGACUGAUGAAGUGUGUGCAGCCCGCGUAAGAAACAGAGCAGAGUGCUUCCCUUUCAUUCAACUUUUUCAAAUCAUCAUUUGUCGCAUCAUACGGCCUUAGAAUGUAUUACAAUUCUAAACAUAUAUACCAACGUUUGUAUCACAGCUAAAGUUGCAUAACUAAAUGAAUGAAGCAUAUAGGGAGACCUGUUCCUUUGUUAACCGCUCAACACAGAAUAACCGUAUGGGCGCAGUCCCUCGGAAAUCGUUUGGAAAAAAUAUCCUUUCUAUUUUAUUUAGCUGUGUUCAAUUGUAUUGUUCUUCAUGUAAUAUAAUCUAAAAAAAAAUGCCACGGAAAUUAUAAACUAAUCCAGUCUGCUAAGUGAACUAGUGUCGCCCACAGCCAUAUGGCAUAGCCAGAUCAGAGCCUUAUCAUAAGGACAACUCAGUGUUAUUCUGUUCUUCUAAAAUAGGCAACAUUUUCUUCAUGCCAAAAUGUUUCUUUAGACCUGCCUAAAAGGAAUAAUAGAUGUAUUGUGAUGGUGUAGGCUAUAUUACGUAGAUGUAUUAUACUUUUAAAAAUGUAGAUUUUCCAAAAGGUCCGCAUCAGUGGCUUGUAGGCUGUGCAUUGAAGCUGGAGAUGCUAAACAUGUUGCUAAUCAGCGGUCAAUUACCGUGAGAUCGGCAGUUAUCUGCAUGACAAUCACCAGCUGACGAAAUGUGAUGACCGCCACAGCCCCAUGUACACUCAGUGUAUAUUCCCUUCUUUUCUUUCUUUAUCUUGAUCUGUGUGUUUUUUCUCACCCCUCUUCGUAUCCACAUCCUCCCCUGUCCACGUCUUUCCAUUCCUCUCUACGUCUAUCAUGUGUUUCCCCUUUGGUUGUGCCUGCUUGGUGCGCUACAUGUCUUUAGACUUUACCCUCCACAUCACAGUCAACCAACGAGCUACUGAAUCUGAUCCAGGAUCUGCUGAGCCAAAACCCACACCUCCUCCUCGUUUCCUAA